GCUCGCGGGCACUGGCCCCUUCAGAGGGUCUCGCGGAAGGAUGGCCAGCCCCUCCGACAGCAGCUGUUUGCGUGACUUUGGCAGUGUGUCUCGGACCCGGUACCAUGGCGUCUGGCGAGGAGGACGGAGCCGUCGAGGAGAAAGAAACCAACAACAAGAAGCGGACGAAAGGCGCCAUCGCCACGGCAUGGCUCACCUUCUACAACAUCGCCAUGACCGCCGGGUGGCUGGUACUGGCUGUUGCAAUGGUCCGGUUUUAUUUUCACAAAGGCACUCAUAAAGGAUUGUACAAAACUAUUGCAAGAACACUGAAGUUUUUCCAGACCUUCGCAUUACUGGAGAUUGGACACUGUGCAAUCGGAAUUGUUCGGACAUCUGUGAUUGUGACUGGUGUCCAAGUGUCCUCUCGUAUAUUCAUGGUUUGGUUCAUCACGAACAGCAUAAGACAGAUUCAGAAUGAAGAUAGCGUGGUUUUGUUUGUAGUCGUGUGGACGCUUACAGAGAUCACCCGUUACUCUUUCUACACCUUCAAGCUUCUCAAUCAUCUGCCAUACUUCAUCAAGUGGGCCAGAUAUAACUUGUUCAUUGUCAUGUAUCCUCUGGGCGUGAUCGGUGAGCUGAUGACAAUAUACGGAGCGUUACCGUAUGUCCGGCGGUCGGGCAUGUACUCGCUGAGACUCCCUAACAAAUACAACGUGUCCUUCGACUAUUACUACUUUCUCAUCAUCGUCAUGCUCUCGUACAUCCCACUGUUUCCUCAGCUGUUCCUGCACAUGCUGCGUCAGAGGAGGAGAGUCCUUCACGGAGAAGUCAUAGUAGAGAAAGAUGAAUAACAAACAAAUGUCCAUCAACUCAUCCAUCACUCAACGUUUAAUAUACGCAUGCUGCGUUCCUGGAGCGAGGAACAUCUGAAAAUACAAAUCAAUCCUGUAAUGGUUAAAGCUACAAUUCAGUUUUCUUCGAGCAGAACCUCACCUCAAGUAAAACGCAAAACAUCACGUCCCUUUACAUUUCACAAGGACGAAUUCCAACCAACAUCAAAGGAUUUAGAUCAACCAAACCAGGAUUUCCACUCUCAUCUAUUGCAAACAAGACCUUUGUGAACUGGAUUUAAUUCCAAACGAUUAUUACCAAUGCUCUGCGGCAUUACAGAAAUACUACAGUAAACCACCGCACAAACUGCAGGCCAUCUCUCUUUUCUUCGCUUAGAUGUUAUUGGCUUAUGACAAAGGGGUGGAUCACCCAAAAAUAAAAUCAUCAUUUAUUCAUCCUCAUGUCAUUGUAAACCUGUUCGUCUUUCUUUCCUCUGCAGAACACAAAAGAAGAUAUUUAGAAGAACGUCGAUAGCCAAACAACAUUAAACUCCAUUGAUCUCCAUUGUAUGAACACAAAACUAAAUUUAUAAAAAUAUUUUCUGUUGUGUUCCACAGAAGAAAGAGUCAUAUACAGGUUUUAAAUGACAUAUGGGCGAAUAAAUUAUGACAGAAUUUAAUUUUUAGACGAACAAUCCCUUUAAUCUUUCUGUACCCAUCGGAGAAGUGAGGAUGGAAGUAUGAAGGAUGUUGCUGUUUCGCCACAAUAGCAACACUUCUAACUAGCAACGUUAGGAUUUUUUACCACUACACUCUUAAAAAUAAAGGUGCUUAAAAGGGCUUUCACAGCAAUGCCAUAGAAGAACAAUUUCUGGUUCCACAAAGAACCAUUCAGCCGAAGGUUAUUUAAAGAACCAUCUCUUUCUUAAUCUUUUAUCAUCUGAAAAAACUUUUUUCAAAGAACCUUUUUAUGAAGCAGAAAGGUUCUUCAGAUGUUAAAAUGUUCUUUAUGACAUUGAAGAACCUUUAGCAGCACCUUUUUUAAGAGUGUAGGCUAUUUCUUUGAACAUGCUUUCGUUCAUAAGGAACAGAGACGAGGUAAAGAAAAAAGAUCGCAAGUUAUUAAACAAUUAUCAUAGCAUCAUCUAUUUAUGUCACGUCAAAGAUGUUUUUAUGAUAAUGGGCAAAGUUUUCAAAAAUCUUAAGUGUGAGAAAUAAAAACUUUAGAAUAUCUAAACUGAUCAUGUGCACGAAGGGUUUUGUUUUUGAACGUAACAUUGUAUCUUAAGCAGGUAUGACACAAAGAAGAUUCCAGAUAUUUAAACACAAAAUCACCAAAUCACCCAAUAAAAGUUAAACUAAAAACAUGUAAUAUCUAAUGUUUCUCAGUCUCCUCCGCCAUCUUUUAUUUUUAAUAUUCAUGAGGAGCGGGAGUCUGGUCCAAUGAGAUUUCCCAGUAGGCGUGGUCACAGAAACCAAACGUUUGACAAAACACAACCAAACCUGAACGCAGAAUGUGUCACGGCCUGUUGGGACACACUGUACGGAUUCAAAACAAAAGGGAAAAAAUGUUGCAACUUCCUGAAAUAUUUUUUACACUUUAUUCUGCACUUUGAUUAUUUUUGCUGCUUCAAUGUUUACAAGGCAAACUAGAUGAAGUCAACAGGUGAAGUUUGUACAGGUAGUUCAUUAGAAAUCACGCGGUUAGCUGAAUCCAGGACUCGAUUGACCUAGACUGAUGAAAUAUUUCUGUGUUGUGUUGUGUUGUGUUGUGUUAUUUUUGUAAGAAACUUGACGGUGCUACAUCAUUUGAAUCUUCUGUGCAGCUGAGGAGAGACAGAGAUGUUUGAGGCUGGUGAAACCAUACAAAUGUGAAGACUUCAAAUGCACAUUUUCAUGUCAUUUAAUAUCUGGCAAUUGUACGGACUGAAUAAAAGUUUUGUUAUGAAUGAAAGAAACAAUAAAAGUGAGAAGACAACAUAUAACAUACUACUAGUAAUUUUGUCGCUCAUCUGUCGUUUGAACCACGUUGUUUCAACAAGAAGUUGAUGACGUCACACAGGUGGUGGAGUAAUAACGUCUUUGAAUUAGUCCGUUUAGAUUGAUUAAAUGUUAUAUUAUUGCUGUAAAUACCGUACACUGCAUCUGAAAACUAUUUUUGUUAUCGUAUUUUUACUCUUUGCUGUUUUAUUUCACAAUAUUACAUUAAUU